GCCGCCCCCUCUCACCCCCGCUCCUGCCGCCGCCGAGCAGCCUCCUCCCCCCACCUCUCCCCGGGCAGGAGCCGCCGCCGCCGCUGCACGGAGAAGCGAGCAGCUGAGGCCGCUCAGGGCUGCGCCUCGCCGGAGCUGUGUGAGAAAGUGCACCCGCACCAACUGAUGCCUGAUUCGUAUAUUCAACAAUAUGGUUUCCUGACAACAAGAAAGCAGCAUAUCAGAUGUUUACAUUCAUUGAAGAGUUUGUAGAUAUCAGUGCUGGUUUCUGCAAGAUAUGAAGGGACUCACCGCUAGGGAACCUAGUAUGGUGUAGUCAACAAAGCUCAAAAUGACUGCUAUUGGUAAUGUGGCCAUCGGAGAGAUGAAAGGUAUCUUGCUUUGUUUUCUCUGAACUUGACAAAAUCAACAUCACGUGGGCAAAAUAAAACAGAAAAGAAACUUGUUCUGAAUAACAGAAUGCCAAAGAAAAGGAAAAAUCUGGGUGUGAGUCCCUCCAGGAAAAUCGUGGAUUCGGAGAGAAUGGCUGCUUCUGGUGAAGGACUGGUACCACCUCCAGCAGAUGUGUCAGUGUCACGAGCAAUUUACAGUGUCAAUAAGGAAGAGCUCUUAAACAACAUGUCAGAAAUGUUUUCUGACCUGGAUCCUAGUGUGGUUUAUAUGGUGCUGUCUGAAUGUGAUUUUAAAGUUGAAAAUGCUAUGGAUUGUCUGCUAGAACUUUCCACAGCUGCUAAGGGAGUAGCAUCUUCAAAAGUCUCAGGUUUUGAUUCAAUAGCAUCAUCUCUAUCUCUUGUUAACCAGCAAAGCUCUGUUGCAAAUGAAAUAGUGGGCGAAAGCUGUGCAAAAGAAGAUAUUGUGAACUUUAAAGAAGAAUCAGAAAAGAUCCCAUCACCUGAUAUUCAGCUGACUGAAGAGCUAGAUUCCUUGAUACAAACUGCUUUUGAGAAAUACAAUCAGAGAGACAAAUUGUAUGAUUCCACAAAUGACAAUAUCACAGGAAAGCAGCCUAUGACAUUGGACCAGAGUAAUUCUAAUGGCAUUAAUGAAUUUCCUGAGAGUGAAAAAUCCAGUUUAGGGUUUAAUGUCCUGCUUUCUCUGCAGCAAGCAGAGACAGAGAAUGAGAAUUUAGAAAACUUUGCCUCUAUGUUAAUCUCAGAGGGUCACAAAUCUUCUCAGCCAGCUGUAAGUAAAUCUAGCAUUCAAACAAAGGAUAGUUCAUCAGCUGACAUGGACAUUUUUACACAAGUAUCAGUAAGCUCUAGUCUGCCAGAACUUGAUACUGACAAUGCUUCAGAAGUCAUUAAACCAAAAAACUCGGAAGUGGCUUGUAGAAAUCUUGAUCAAUCACAGAAUAUUGUUUCAGACCAUGGAACUUUGAAUUUCUUCCAGGGACCUGUAGAAGCUGGUACAACAGCUAGUGGAAAUUCUAGCUCAAAAUGCCUUGAACAACAGGAAGGUGUGUGCAGUGGCCAAAAAAGCAUUUCUCUCCCUGAAGCGUUUGAAUCUCUUGAAGGAUCCAGUUUCAAAUCGCCACAACUUGCAGAUGUUCAGCAGGGAUGGAAUUUACAUUUUUCUCCACCACCACAGCAAUCUCCACAGCCUCCUUGGAAUCCAAUGGCUCCUGUGUUUUAUCCAUCAAGUGGAAGUCACAGCUUUGUAAUUCCAGUAGCUAUCAGUCCGGGACAAUGGAGGCCUGUUUCAGACUACAGGACGCAUGGCAAAGGAAUGCCUUUUCCUCCUCCAGUGGUUUCACAUGUCUGGGAUAGCAACGCUUCUCCGAAGGUAUGGGGAAAUCAAGAUGGAAUCCAAAAAAUGAACCUCUCUCAAGUACACCAACCACCUGUUUGUCCGGUGAUGAGAAAAAAGACACAUCUUGUAGGUCAAGUACUUGUUCUUCUCAGAGGGGUUCCAGGAUCAGGAAAAUCUUUUUUGGCAAGGACUUUGCUUGAGGAUAACCCAAGUGGAAUCAUUCUUAGUACUGAUGAUUACUUUUACAAAAACGGACAAUAUCAGUAUGAUGCAAAUUGCUUAGGAGAAGCACAUGAGUGGAACAGGAAACAAGCCAAAGAAGCAUUUGAAAAGAGAAUCUCUCCUAUAAUAAUAGACAACACAAACAUACAGGCAUGGGAGAUGAAGCCUUACGUUGCUUUGUCUCAGCAGUACAAAUACAAAGUAAUGUUCCGAGAGCCUGAUACUUGGUGGAAGUUUAAACCAAAAGAGCUUGAAAGGCGAAACAUUCAUGGUGUAUCUAAAGAAAAGAUCAAAAGAAUGUUGGAUCGAUAUGAACGUUGCCUUACUGUUAACUCAAUCUUGAAUUCUGCUGUCCCAGACAAAUCAGAAAAUGCUGAUUGGAAUGAAGAUCCUUGUCAGGGGGAAGGUUAUGGGCAAAAAGAGGUACAUGCAUAUGUGAAAGAAGAGACACUUUUUGCUUCAGCUUCAAAGCCUCCUGAAUUAGCUGAAGAGGAGAAACAUGCAUCUUCUACAUCUUCAGCAGUAGAAAAUAACUUAGCAGAUAGAUAUUUUCGAAAAGAAGAGGAGGAAAUUGAAAAUAAUUUAAGAGAACAUGUUUCUGAGAAUAGCAUUAUUCAAGGUAGUGUGGAUAUCAGUUUAUCAGAUUAUGAAGAAAAAGAAGUGCCUUUGGGGAAAAAAGCUGUAAAGAGAGAAGAAAUACAUAGAAUUACUGAAACAGAAACUAGUAAAACUAAUGAGGUGAAAUCUGAAGAAACCACACACUUGCAUAUCUGUUCUUGUGAACAUAUUCAAGAACAUAGUGACAAGAUUCUGGAAGUUCAAACUGAAAAGGAUCAGUACAAUGAAAUUGCAGUAGAACCAGUAGUAACACAUGAAAGGAACAUUAUGAAACAAAAUGGUUCAUCUUUGGAUGUAUCAGUGAGGCCAGAAUUAUUAAACUUUCUGGGUGACUGGCCUGUAGAACAAUCAAUCAGGCAGAGAACCAAAAGGACUAGAAGAAUAGAAAAAUUUUCUAUGAAGAGUGAUAAAGAGGAUAAAGCAACCAGCCAGCAUCUUCUUGAUUCACACAAGGCACAAGUGGACCUGGCAGAUAUUCAGCAGGAAGUACUACAUGGUGAAAAAAGACAGAGGGAGGAAAAUUUAGUCUCUGACUCUUUCUGUGUUCUUGGUGCAGAUAAAAUUACCCCAGAAUUGCAAAUGAUGGGAGACUGGCCUGCUAUGAGCUCUUUGCAGCAGAGGCAACAUAGAUCAAGGAGAAUAUCAAAGAGAAGUCUAAGUGAAUCUGAUGAAGCUGGAAAUAAUAAAUGUGAUAUACACAAAAAUGUUCUUGACACAGUGGAUGUGCUUCAUGGAACAUCUGUGAGCAGUGAAGAGCUACAGGACACAGAGACAUCAAAUUUUCAAGAACCUGAAAGAAUAGCUAGUGACAAUAUAAGUGAGAAAAAGCCCCAACAAAAUAAAAGAACACGGAAGCAUCAUAAAUUAGCCCUCACGUUUACCAACAGCAGUGUGGCCCUCUCCAAACCAGAACAGUUGUCAACGCUUAAUUUGCUGGAAGAGAAAUCUGAAAAACGCAUCUGUAAACAACCAAGCAGGUAUUCACAGACUGAGCCACAGGAUUUCGCGCUCUUAUGGAGAUUAGAAAAGAAAAUUAUUAUUUCUGAGAAUAUUAUUUCCGAGAAUACCAAAGUAUUACAUGGCAGAUUAGAAGCAUUCAGACCAAAAGACACGGAUGCUGCUUCAAGUUCUCAAGAAAAAAUACCCUAUAGAGUUAUGUAUGAUAAAAGCACAUAUGUGGAAGAAAGUGAACUUAUCAGUAUUGAUGAAUCUGAAAAUCUGAAUGUUCUUUGUAAGUUGUUUGGGUCCUUUUCAUUUGAUGCACUGAAAGACUUAUAUGAAAGAUGUAACAAGGACAUUGUCUGGGCCACAAGCCUGCUAUUGGAUUCUGAUGAAAAGUGUAAAGGCGAAGACAUUGAAUGCUUGCAGGAGGCAGGAACUGUGCCAGCUACCACAGACCUUGAAUUCAAGGAAAAUACAAACUAUGGAGAGAAUCUUAAAAAUUCUGAACAAACCAGCCAAAUAAUUGGGACUGAUGGUAUCACUCAACUUUCAGAAAACAAUUUAUCAGUGUGUUAUGCAGAGAGUGAAACUGCAGACAUACUUGAGACAGAUGCUAAAAUAUCUGACUCACUAACAAGACUUCCACUGAGUGCUUCAGUAAAACUCAAAAAUACCAAGGACAUUGUUCCCAGAACUCAGGCAGAAGAUUCAGGAACAGAUAUCAUCGAGCAGUCUGUUUCAGAUACACAGAAAAUAAACUUAAAGGCGAUGAGCCUUGUUAAUGAAACAGAAGAAAAAUCAGUGGUGUCACAGCUUGAUGUGGGCUUAUGUCUACCUGUGACUUUACCUAACGUGUUCAGCACUGCUCCAACCAUUUUGAAACCCAAAUUAAAUAAGGAGGUAGACAAUAAACUUUCAGAAACAUAUCUAGAGAGUUCCAAAGUAAAUAAUAUGAUUCUUCUGUUAUUGCAAAUGGAUCAAGCACCUUUGAAGAACUGUGCAAGUGAUGAAGAAGAACUGGAAACCUAUAAAGAAACUCAGGGGAAUGAUAUGAUAUCAAUUGGAGGUGAUAGGGAAGAAAGCAAACCUUCUAAUAUGGAUGAAGAUAGAACCAAGAUAUUGAACCCUACUUCAUUAUCCUCGGGAUCCAUGAAUAUAAAUUGCCUAGAAUUGGCAUUACCUCCUGAACUAGCCCUUCAACUGAAAGAAAUAUUUGGGCCAGUUGGCAUUGACUCAGGAUCACUAACUAUUGAGGAUUAUGUGGUUCAUAUAGAUCUGAAUCUGGCCAAAGUGAUUCAUGAGAAAUGGAAAGAAUCUAUUAUGAAGAGACAAAGGAAGGAAGAUGAAUAUUAUAAGCUGCUUAUGCAAGAUCUGGAUGACUCCAAUACAAUCUUAUCUCAGAGCACAGACAGUAAACUGCAGAGAAAAAAAAUGGCCUGUCCCUCUCAGUCAUCAACAGAGACACGCAGUGAAAAUCUAGCAACAUCAGAAAUUUUCCCUUUUAUGGAUCACUGGAAUGCACAGACUCAAAGAGUAUCACUCAGAGAAAUAAUGUCUGAAGAAAUAGCCUUACAGGAGAAACAGGACCUGAAACGUGUUCCUUCCAUGGCUAGAAAAGACUGUGCUGCCAGGUUGAAGGAGAAGCAACUCUUUGAGAUGUUCCCAACUAUAAACCAAAACUUCUUAAUGGACAUCUUCAAGGACAACAACUACUCCUUAGAACAGACCGAGCAAUUUCUGAACUGUGUCCUGGAGGCAGACCCUGUAAAAACGGUUGUAGCUCAAGAGAUUGCUCAGCAAAGUGACACUCUCCCUUCCUGUAGUGCUAUAAAGAACCGAGAGAAAAAGGCAAAAAAAUCCAAGGAGGCUGAAGAUGUUUUGAAUGAGAUGGCGUUUCAAGACAUUGAGUACCCAGGGUAUGAUGACUUUAGAGCAGAGGCUUUCCUUCACCAGCAAAAGAAACAAGAAUGCUUAAAAAAAGCAGAGGAGGCCUAUCGCAUGGGUAUGAAGCCUGUGGCAACAUUUUAUGCACAACAGGGUCGCCUUCAUGAGCAGAAGAUGAAAGAAGCAAACCAUGAUGCUGCUGUGCAAAUCUUUGAAAAAGUAAAUGCAUCCCUGCUGCCUGAGAAUGUUUUGGAUCUGCAUGGGCUUCAUGUCGAUGAAGCCAUUAAUCACUUGUCCAGAGUACUACAGGAGAAAAGCCACGAGUACAAGCAGACUGGUGGUAAACCAUAUCUGUGUGUGAUCACGGGAAGAGGAAACCAUAGCCAGGGAGGAGUUGCUCGCAUCAAACCAGCAGCCAUUAAAUACCUCACAAGCCACAACUUCAGGUUCACAGAAAUAAAACCAGGCUGCCUGAAAGUCAUGCUGAAGUAAAAGGGUGUGAAGAAGGGGAGUGUGAAACUAAAAACUUUAAACAGUGUCAGUAAUUAUAACUUAAUGUACUUUAAAAACAGUAUUUUAAUAGAAAAUUUUUUCAACUUAUUUUAUAUCAAUUAGUUUUGUCAGCAUGUGUUUCCAAUAAAAUGGUAAGAUUGAAGUGUAUUUUUUCAUAACUCCAAAGGGAAGAUCCUCUUACAGAGAUUUUAAUAUGAGAAGUACAGACCUACAAUACUGCUGAACAAUAGAUGCAGUGUUAAAGAGAAAUUAAGGUCCCGUUUUCAAACACUGCUUCCUUCUCAGUGCAGACAGAGCCUAAGAUUAUCUCUGGCCCAAUACAUUUUAAUAGUUGUGGAUUUUGUAACUUUAAAAUAUACACAGUAAAAGUUAACUUGUUUAAAGAUAGUUAGUUAUUGUGUGUGUUAGAAUUUUGAGUUGAGAUUUUCAAAGGAGCCUAAAGGAGCGAGGUAUCCAACCCCCAUAGAAAUUUGAAACCCAAGGCAGGUGAAUGCCUAACACUCAAAGACUCUUUUUGAAAAUCUGAGCCAUGAUCUUUAAGCGGUGGUUUCUUGAAAAUAUGGGCCAUUUCUGCUGCUCUUAUUCAUACAGAACUAUUCUUGAAGUCAAUAGGAGUUGUGUGUUAUAAGGACUCUGGAUUGGGACCUAAAGUCUGUUAAAAAAUUUUAUUAAUGCACCUUAAUUCUUUAAGGAGAAAAACAUAACCCCAUAGUCUCAUCUCUACCUACAUCUGUGUAUAAUAAAAUAAAUAAGUAGAUAAAUUGGCAUGUCUCCAGUAGUAAAUAUUGUGUUUAACUGUAUGGCAUUUCAAGCACUUUUUCUAGCAGCAAAACAGUUUAUAGUAGUAUAGUGGUAAUUGCUCAACUGGAAAGAUCAGAUUAGAGGAAGAAUUUCUUUGACAUUAGCAGUUCUUCAGGAUCCAGAAAAUGUGCUUAUAAUGCCUCUGACCCCCCACCCCCCAUACUUAAGAUAUUUUUCAGCAAACAAUCAGAGCGUUUAUUUUAAGAACAAAAUGGAACAUCUUAAAAUAUGCUUUUAUUAUAGUAUGUAACAGCCUUGAAAAUUGAGAGACAUAAAUUUCCUUUAAUAUAAUAGUUUUUAAAGCUUUGCUAUGAAACUUUGUUUUCAUAACAAUUGAGUUGUGUACUGGAAAUAAUGUUAAUAGGUGAAUGUGAGGUAUUUUUCAUAUUCUUAAGUUAGUAUGUCAGUAAAUUUUGGGGGGGAAAUUUUCAAAACAGUACCCUUUGUUUGUGCUUACACAGAGUUGUAUGCACACAAAUAACAGAAUUUACAUGCACCAUCCCUUUGUACGUGCCAUUGAGGCUUCGGGGGUCAGGCAGGCUUGUACUCAGCUAGCCUGGGAUGCCUCCAGUGCUGCAGUGUCCAGGCCAUUAAGUUUAGCAUGCUAACUUGAACUGAGCUAGCAUGAGUCUGUCUACCCAUGCUAGGAAUCACGCCUCCCAGCUGCAGUGUAGAUAUGCCCUCUAAUAACUGUGUUUUGGUUUGUGGGUACUUAUGGACAUGGUUUGUCUCUCCACUUUAGGUCUCUGCCCUGUCCCUGUAGGCAAAAUGUUCAAAUAUAAAAGAACCCUACUCUUUAAGUCCUUAAGAGCAGAGUUCUUUUUAUGCUUCUGCACUGUGCACUAGGGGCCUGAAUAUGGUAACGGACAGUUGUGUAAUAACAUAAGAUAAAUAGAUUCUUCUCUAUGGAAAUCAAUGGCCAAACUUCCAUUGAUUUCAGUAGUGUAUGAUCAAACCCUAAGGUACCAAUUAAGCAAUGCAUUUUAAACAUGUGCUUAAGUCUCAUUAAAGCAAUGGGAUUUAAGUAUUCUGCUUUGCUGAAUUGGGACCUAAAAAGGAGGAGAAAACCAGAGUGGAAGAGGAGUGGUGGAUAUACAAAAAACCUCCUCUCUAUCUUGGAUUAUUUGCCUAGUUUUCCAGAAGAAACAUUGAAACUUUUUUUUCCAUUUUUAUAGCCUUUGUUUUGGGAGCCCAAUAAUUUAUUUUAUAAUGGGAAGAACUGUUUUAAAUAACUGUAUUUUAAAAUAUUUUGAAGUAGGUAACAUUUUUUGGGACUUCCAGCCUUUACAGUGUCCUUUUAAGAAGAAACUAGUGACAUAAUUUUUACUAUGAAAAUUUCAAACCUUAAAGUAUUACCACCAGCACUCUGAAAGAACAUAGACUGUUAAAAUAGGUAUGCACCAGUUUCUUCUUUUCCUUUUAUUUAACAGGACACUGUAGAGGUUAGUAGGCCAAAAAUAUGACUCCUUUCUUUUAAAAAUACUUGUUCUUAAAGUUCACUCAAUUUAUUAAAUUAAAAAAAUGCUUCAAAACUUUUUCCUAAAGAAAAGUCAGCAGCUUAGCAUUCAUGAUAAAUUCUCAAUAACAGACCCAUACAUGCCCAUGCAACGAAAGAAAACAUGAUUCUGUAAAGAAACAGAUUUGUUUAAAAAAAAAAAAAAAUUAAAGAUAAUCUUUCAGAUUUCCAGGGAUUAUAAAAAUAGUAAGGCAAAACUGAUUUUUAAAAUACUUUUAAAAAUACUUUGAUGGUCCUUUUUAUUAAUGCUUUUGUUUUUCUUUUAUAGUUUGUGGUUCAAUUUCUUUUAAACUUUAAAUAUUUUUCUAGGCUUAGUUAGGUCAUCUUAAACACAGUCAUAGCGGUACCUUUUUGAGGUUAAGUUGUUGGAAACCUUUGUAAUUCAGGAGUCCUCCUUCUUAGUUUUAUAGAUGCCCCAUACUACCUUGUAAGGAGAUCAUUUUAAUAAUCAUGCACUGCAUAUAAGUGAUAUUCAUUGCAUGCCCUACAGAACUUGUAUUCUAAUUAAGUUUUACUGUGAAGAGGUGGAAUUUAACCACAUUCACAUCCAACAUGUUCAUCAAACAUGUGCAGAACAUGUGUGGAUAGGAGAAUAAUCCCAGUGUUGGUAUUAUUAAACCAGUGUCGUUGUAAAUGUGCUGAGAUGCAUUAGACAUAGAAUUUACAUUACCAGUGCUUAUAUCUUUAACUGUAAUUCACGUUUCUAGAAUGGUAAUUAGCCCUCUUCACAGAAUUGAUGAGAGGAUGGAGUAGAACACCCUGGAAAAGAAGAGUACUUUGACUUUUCACAGUUCUGUGGCAGCAAGGUUAUUUUUCUUUAAAAAGAAAAAAAAAAAGAUCUUGCUAUCUCAACUAAUGAGCAAGCUCUGAUGAGGAUUAAAUGACUGAUACCUAUGAAAGUGCACAUAAUAAAAGUACAGGUUUGCAGCUAUCAGUUGUAAAAGUUAUUAAGACCUGUAUAAUAGAUGAUAUACACUUCUAUUUUUAAAAUUAGAAUAUGAAAAAAAAUUAUUUGUAUAAAGUUGUACAUUUAUUGUUAACUAUUAUGCUCAUUUUUACUGGAAUACAGUUUUGUAAUUUGCAUUUAGGGUUUCUUAUGUCAAAAUGAAUUUACAAAUGAAAUCUAGAUUAAUAAAGGAAUUUUACCACAAA